GUUGGAAAAGUCUACGUUUACGAGGUGGAUGGUCCGAGUCCGCGGCAGUGUUUGCCAUGCCCCGUCUCCGUGGUUAAGGAGGACCCAGAGGAGGUCCUCCUGCCCAUGCCAGAUGGCUCCUUAGCCUUUGAGCGGCACGACCCGGUGGAGGGGCGGAUCACGGAGCGGCAGUUUGGCAGCAUGCUGCUGGCCUACAGCGGGGUCCAGUCCAAGAAGCUCACCGUCAUGCUGAAGCAGCUCAAGAAGCAAUUCCAAGAUGGAGAGGGUCUAACGUUUGAGGAGGUGGAGAGCUUCUUCACUUUUCUGAAGAACAUAAAUGACGUGGACACAGCUUUGAGCUUCUACCAUAUGGCUGGAGCUUCGCUUGAUAAAGUGACGAUGCAGCAAGUGGCCAGGACGGUGGCCAAGGUGGAGCUCUCCGACCACGUGUGCGACGUGGUGUUCGCGCUCUUUGACUGCGACGGGAAUGGCGAGCUGAGCAACAAGGAGUUUGUUGCCAUAAUGAAGCAGCGGCUUAUGAGAGGCUUGGAGAAGCCCAAGGACAUGGGCUUCACGCGACUCAUGCGGGCCAUGUGGAAAUGCGCCCAGGAGACGGCGUGGGACUUCACCAUGCCCAAGCAGUAG